AUGACAGAAGUAUGUGUACCAGGAGCUACAGGUUUUUUUCAUACUUGUGGAUAAUUUAGUUAGUGUGAAUUUAAUAAUGCAACAUUAAUAUAUUCAUGUUAACAUGAUUCUCCAUUUACACCAAAAGCUGGCAUAAUUAUCUCAUAUAUAAUCACACCAAUAUUGAUUGGAGUUGGUAUUUUAGGAGGAAUGGGAGGUAUAAGUCCAUUAAUUUUUUUAGGUGGAGUAUUGAAAGGACCUCUUUUAGAAAUGAUUCUCAAUUAUUCUUAGGGUGAUGCAACUCACAUUUCAUAUUGUCUUAUGUUUGGAGGUACACUUCUCAAUACAGUACUAUUAAUGUUUGAAAAGUAUUCGAAUUAAUAAUUUUAGAAAUCCAGAUGAUUAAAGAAGACCAAUCAUAAAUUACAGAAUUGCAAUCAUCUUUAAUCUUGCUGUUCCAUUUGCAACCAAUCUUGGUUCAUCAUUAUCCUCAUUUCUACCAUAAUUAUACACUCUAAUUCUAUAAGAGUUAUUUUUAUUUGCAGUAGCUCCAAUUCUUUGGUAAAAAGGUAUUAUAUAGAAUAAUUCUGUAAAAUAGCUAAGAAUGCUAAAGAAGCAGAACUUAAAAUUAGUGAUGACUCAUAAAAAGAUAGAACAACUAAUUUAAAUGAUUCAAAUCUUAAUCCUAAAAUAGAGCUAUAAAAUGUGGAAGGAGAAUAAUAAAAUUAUGAAAUUUAAGAUAAUAAAAAAACAUCUAUAAUUUCUAAUUUAAAUAAUAAUGAAUCUUUAUAUUCGUAAUUUAAAUAAGAAUCAGAAAAUAUAAUACCACCUAUGCCUAUUCUCUUUAUUUUAGGCUCAUUUGGAUUAAAUUAAGUAAUCAACAUUUUAUAGACUUUAGAUUUUUAUAUAAAUGAGAUCUACUAAUCCAUAAAAACCUUCUUAUGUUGGAAUAGAAGAUUGCACUUGGAAAAAUGAUUUUAUGAUUUUCGUACUAAUAGUUGCAAAUGUUUUAUAUGAUUUUUUUAUUUGGCAAUAUGGAACUAAUUAAGAGAAACUAUUUAAUUAGAUUAACUUUUUACCAAAAGAAAGAUAUUUUACUCCAAUCAGUAGAUUUUUUAAGAUUUAUGCUGGUGGAUUUAUGGCAGGAUUUGUGUCUGGAUUUUUAGGAAUGGGGGCUGGAUUUGUAAUGGUUCCUACUUUACUAUUUAGUGGUUUAAUUCCAAGAUGUGCUUCUGCUACUUCAGCAUUUAUUUAUUUAAUGAUAUCAUUAAAUAAUUUAAUAACUUUACUUACUAAUCAUUAUCUUGAUUGGCAAACCAUUGUUUUAUUUACAGGAUUAGCUGUAUUAUAUUUCAUAAUAAUUAAGCUUAUUGGAGGAUCAGUUUUUGCUAAAAUUGGAUAUAUCUUAUUAGGCAAAUAUAAAAUUGGAUAUUUUGUAAUUCUCAUUGUUUUUAUUCUUGACAUAGCCAAUAUAAUUUCGUAAAUCUAUUACGGAGUUGUAUUUGGAGAAAGGUAUGGGUUAGACUAUUUAACUCAUGCAAAUAAAAAAUGUUGA